AUGUUGAUUGUUGCAACAGUUGUAGUGAAAGCAAAAUGUUAUGAGAUAGCCGAUAUAGCUAGUUUAGUUGUGAAUGUAGUAUAUACGGCGCUGCUGCUGUUAAUUACAGUAGUCUGUUUGCUAAGAACAGAACGCUUGGACUUGACAAAGAUCUUAGAUGGGAUUGAUUCGUUUAAGGAUGCAUUGGACUUCAUUGGCAGUUUACCACGGUGGAUCCACUUCUACAACAAUCUCAACGUCAACGUGCAAACACUCCAUGAAAGAAGGGACAGGUUGCAUGUAAGACUAGAUGAUAUGAUAAUGCAGGUUGAAGAUCAAGAGUUUCAGACAGGAAGGCGGAGAAAAAGAGAAGUUGAUAAUUGGAUAUCUUCUGCUGGAACCAAAUGCAAUGAGUUAGAAACGUUGUUGCUACAAGAUAUGUUGAGAGAAACUAGUUAUUUCUGGAAAUUCUUAUAUCGAGCUUGGUUAGGUAAUCUUGUUGAGAGACUGAUUCGAGAGGUGGAUGAUCUUUACUGUUCGGGAGUCUUUGAAGAGGUACUGUCUCCUGUUAGAGAACGAGUGGAAUUCGUGGAAACACAGCUGGUGGGCAAGGCUGCGAAUGAGAAUAGCAGGAGAAUUAUUACGUGGUUACGACGAAAUGGAGCUACUAGAAUUGGGGUGCAUGGAAUCAAAGGAAUAGGAAAAACUGUUGUAAUGAAAAACAUUCAUAAUCAGCUGUUAAGAUAUUAUGAACAUGUUUACUUCAUUACAGUAACUGAAGACCAAAAUGAAUAUGAUUUGCAGGGUGCUAUAGCAAAAGAUUUAGGAAUUGAUUUGAAGGAAGAGGACUUGCCAAAAAGGGCAGCUUUUUUGCAUCGAGCAUUGCGACAAAGGAACUUUGUGCUGAUAUUAGACGGCUUGAAGAAAUAUUUCUCGGAAGAUAAGGUAGGAAUUCCUCUUGGUGCAGGAACAGGGAAAAUGAUCAUCACUUCACGGUCUCCUGAUGUGUGUCGAAAAAUUGGGUGCCAGAACAAUAUAAUAGCAAUAGAUCCACUUCCGGAUGAUGAAGCUUUGUAUCUAUUUAAGCAGGUGCAACAAGCACUCGAGCUUAAGCCUCCAAUAGAAAAAGUAGCCCAUAGAAUUGUCAAGCAAUGUAUGGGUGUGCCUCUCAAAAUUGUCGAACAGGCAACAAAUUUGAGAGGAGAAGAUGACAUUGGCGCCUGGGAGAAUAGUCUCAAUGAGAUGUUAAAAGGAUAA